AUGGUGCACUGUCAACUGUAUGGGGAUUUCGCGCCCACCGAAGACACUGAUCAUCCGGAAGAAACGAGAAACGAGAAAACGGUCGCUACCCACGCUGCGUGGGGGAGCAACGGCAUGGACGGGGGGGGUGCACACGCAGCUUCGUUUCAUCUCCGUCUUUCUCUCUGGCCUCGACAGGGCGAUUGGCAUAUCGUCUUCUCGAGUGAAGCAAGGCAAAGCAAACUAGAGGUAUAA